AAAGUAAUAUAAGCAAUUAAAUAAAGUUUGAAUUUUUUCGUUCGUCUUAAAAUGGCAGGCAAUUUUUGGCAAAGUUCGCACCAUCAACAGUGGAUACUUGAUAAACAAGAUUUGAUAAGAGAUAGGCAACAUGAUCUUGCUAUAUUGACGGAAGAAGAGUAUCAGAAGAUAUUUAAUUUUUUCGCUAGUAUAAUACAAAUCCUCGGAGAGCAAUUGAAGCUUCGUCAACAGGUGAUCGCCACGGCGACAGUGUAUUUCAAGAGGUUUUACGCCAAGAAUUCUCUUAAAUGUAUUGAUCCUUUGCUAUUAGCCCCAACAUGUGUAUUCUUAGCGUCAAAAGUAGAAGAGUUUGGUGUUAUAUCUAACUCUCGUCUUAUCACCACUUGCCAGACUGUAAUCAAAAACAAGUUCAACUAUGCAUACGGCCAGCAGGAAUUCCCGUACAGGACAAAUCACAUUUUGGAAUGUGAAUUCUAUUUAUUGGAGAAUCUAGAUUGCUGCCUUAUAGUCUAUCAACCAUACAGGCCAUUGCUGCUUUUUGUCCAAGAUAUAGGACAAGAUGAUCAACUGCUCACUUAUGCGUGGCGCGUAGUUAACGAUUCACUCAGAACCGACGUGAGCUUGCUUUACCCACCAUACCAGAUUGCAAUUGCAGCUCUCCAUAUUGCCUGUGUCAUGUUGGGGAAAGAGAACCUCAAACCUUGGUUUGCAGAGUUGAAUGUUGACUUGGACAAGAUUCAGGAAAUCGUCAGGUCCAUUAUCAAUUUGUAUGAAAUGUGGAAAAGCUAUGAUGAAAAAAAGGAGAUCCAGAGUUUACUUGGAAAAAUGCCUAAACCAAAGCCGGCUCCACAAAGAUAAUAUUUACAAUAGAUACAACCACUUUAACCACUUUUAACUUUAGAUCCACUGAUGAUGAUGAAACAAACCAGUGAAUUAGUGAAAAGUUGCUUCGAGUGGAAUGAAAUGAAUAGUACAGUGAUACACAGUAUUUGAUCAGUGAUGGCAUAGUUAUUUGAUUUGUGGGAAAAUUUUGUGUUAUUCUCAGCUGGUUGGAUUUUUUCCCAAUUGAUCCCAGUGGUGAUGGAUGAGCAUAAAAUUACUAGUUGGUAACAUGCAGGAAUAACCCAAAACUUUGAUAUAAAUAACUUUCACACUAAAUAAUGUUAUUUCAGAUGUAAGGUACUUACAACUAAUCAAAUUUCAAAUUUAGACAGGGAGCCAAUGGCCUGCCACUCCAAGGGAUAAACUUUUCUGGGAUUCUCCUAAUUUCAGAGAUAAUUCAAAACAUUAAAAAACGUUAUUUUAUUGUAACUUAGGGCAAAACACUUUUUUGAUGGCAAUAUUGCCACAAAUAUCCUCAUUGACAGAUAUUGAAGAAAAAAGUUACACGUAACACUGCAAAAACUACGAAAAAAAACAGUCAUUCAUUUUAAUUGAUAGUUUUACCAAUAAAAUUUACAUUUUAUUUACAUUACAUUCAAAAAAUCGAAUAAAGAAAUAUAAUUUUUUCAGCGAAAUAGACCUAAACUCCCUUCCUUUGGCCUAAAGAUGCGAGUUUUGUCCUGGUGGUCAUCUAUACCAAAGAUAGAUAUAACUCCGUAAUAGAUGGAUACAGUCUAAGGAAAAAACGUGCCUCGAAAAUCAAGAAAAUUUGAUUCUCGAUCAGAUGGCGCCACUAGUUUUGGCCUACACUCGUAUAGAGGGCGUUGAUUAUUUCGUUUGUUAUUUAACAAUUUUAACACAUAUCAGUGAAAGAACAUGGGUCAAAAUCAUAAAAAUAAUUAAUGCAAAUAAAAAAAAUCAUUUAUCCAUAUUUAAAUACAUUUUAUCGUAUUUUUAUAAAUCUUCAUUUUUAGUUUUAAAGUGUGUCGACAGAUGGCAGUGAAUUUACUGGGGUUACAAAAUUUACUAUGACAGUACUGCUCUAGUAUAAGUUACUCUAUGUCUAUACUAACCACCUAUUUACAUACAUCCCCUUCAAACUGAAUGUGAAAGAAAAGCUAUGUUUUCCCUUGUUUUAGUCAUUAGGCAUAGACUAUUGCAAAACUUUUUAAUACGCCUUUGUUACAAACACAAAUAAACAAAAAUUUGUGACACAGGGUUAAAUGUUUCGGGUUCCUCGUGAGCACUGAGCACAUUGUAUGGCUAUAUGUUUGCAUAAAGUUUGUCUUUUAGAAAAUCCUAUCAAAAACUACAAAUCAACAUGUCAUUGUGUAUAUUGCACCUUAAAGCAAAUAGGUUGUUGCAAACAUGCAAUCUGGGAGCCUGUUUUGUUUCUUUGGAAGGCAGAAAUUUAAAUUUAUUUUGGCAUUUAUCUUUUAAUAUUUCUUUAUAUUUUUUGUUAAAUAUGAAAUCCAUUGUACAGUCGCCGUGAGAUAUAUCGGAGCGGCCGAGGUGCCCAAAAAUAUCUGAACAACGCACUCUAACACCUUGACAAUAGAGGCGUGUUUAGAUAUUUGUGAGCGCCUUGGCCACUCUAAUAUAUCUGAUGGGCACUGUACAACCAAAUUGCAUGAGUUACUGACUGAAAAAAAAAACAUAAGUAUACUGCUAUAAUAAAUUAUAUAAUACUUGAAAUAAAUAUCUAACUUGAUAUACUUAAUCAAUUGGCUUUUAGCAAAAAUAAUUUAUCAGUUUUAAUAUUUGUGUAAAUCUAGAAUCGCACUUAAUCAAUUGCAAUCAAUCAAUUGCACUUAGAUUAUGUAAUGAGUUAGUAAUGAUUGAUCAUAAUAUUUUUACAUUUAAUUUAGGUAAGUAUUUUUUUGUUGUGACAUAACCUGCCACAUUUUACUAUGGUUUAAUUGACCUCAAAAAAAUUUAGCAGCUAAAUAUUGCUAACUGUGAAUUAGAGUUAAAAAUAAUAUACAUAUGUAUAAUAGAAUAGUAUUAGUAGUUUAAAUUUAGUAAUUAUUAAGAUAUUCAAUCAAGUUGUAUUGUUUAAUAUAAUCAAUUGAUAAGUGGAGUGUCAAAUUAUGCAGUAACAUAAUUAAUAAUUAUCUGUAAUACAAGAUUAUUUAUAAUCAACCUGAAUUGUCCCUGUAGCUGUUAGAUUUGUACAGUGCCCUUUUUCAAACUUAUGUAAUACUUCCUAUUGUAACUGCGUACGAGUACGAGUACUGUACUGACAAUAGGCCAGGAAAUAAAUGACCAAAAAAAGGUAUAAAGGGAAAUGCUUGUAACACAAUUUUUGACUUCGUAGCUUUGUUUGGACUAGUUAGGAGGUGAACAUAUCAAAAGUCCCCGGCCAUAGCCCUGGUGCUGGGGAGGAGAGGGGGGUUUGAAGGUUCCAUUUUUCGGUUUUUCGAUUAUAUUUCGGAAACUAUGCGUCUGAGCGACUUGGCCACUUAUACAAAAUGAAAAGAAAUUUAAUUUGUUACAAGUUUUAUUCAGUCAAGUUUUUCGAUAUCUUGUAUAGUUUUUGAGAUAUCCGCUGUUGAAGGUUUAUUUAGGGCUCUCAUUUUUAUUUUUAUUAUCUACAUCAGUGAAGCUGCUAGGCCGGGUUUGGGAUAAUUUUCGUAUAAAUCGGGGGUGCUGAAUUCAUUUAUGAUAUCAACAUUGACACCAUUCCUAAGUAAAAACAAAAUUUAAAAAAAUGUUUUUUUAUAAAACUCUUUACGCUUAAACCGCCGAACCGAUUUUGUUGAAAUUUGGUGUAGAGAUGGUUUGAGUCCCGGUACAGUACAUAGGAUUUUUAUAACCAAAAUCAUCUUUUAAGGGUGUGAAAAGUGGGGUGGAAAUUUGUAUGGGGAAUCAAUAACCGCUGAACCUAUUUAAAAAAUAUUUGGGAUGGUCUACAUGUUUGAUUUAGUUGAUAAUGAUACCAAACAUGACUUCAAACCUAAAUUUAAACAGUAUUAACCUCCGGAAUUCAACUUCGGCGAAGAAGCUGAAUUCCCCUCACACAAAAUUUCACACCUUCAAAGUAUGAUUUUUGAGAUAAAAACUAUAUUAUAUCCUGUCUCGGGACUCAAACCAUCUCUACACCAAAUUUCAACGAAAUCGGUUCGGCGGUUUAAGCGUAAAGAGUUUUAUAAAAAAUCAUUUUUUUACAUUUUGUUUUUACUUUGGAAAGGUGUCAAUGUUGAUACCAUAAAUGAAUUCAGCACCCCCGAUUUAUACGAAAACGUUACCAAACCCGGCCUAGCAGCUUUACUGGUGUAGAUAAUCAAGAUAAAAAUGAGAGCCCUAAAUAAACCUUCAAGAGCGGAUAUCUCAAAUACUAUACAAGAUAUCGAAAAACUUGACUGAAUAAAACUUGUAACAAAUUAAAUCUCUUUUCAUUUUGUAUAAGUGGCCAAGUCGCUCAGACGCAUAAUUUCCGAGAUAUAAUCGAAAAACUGAAAAAUGGAACCUUCAAACCCCCCUCUCCCCCCAGCACCAGGGUUACGGCCGGG